GCGCCCUCGCCUGCCUGCCUGCCUUCGCGGAGCAGCCAAACCCCCACCUCCCCUUGCGCGCGCGCGUGUGUAUAUGUGUGUGUGUGUGUGUGGGGCGCAGGCAGCGGCUCCCUUCUCUGCCGCCGGACCCACAGCGUGCCCCCUCCCACAUCCCCUCCCCUUUCCUUUCCCUUUUUUUAUAAUUUAAACCUCAGGAGCUUUCCUGCGCUUCUCUCUCUUUAUUUUUGGGAGUCCCCCCCCUUUCUUCCUCUCUGAGAGGGCUGUUCCCCCCCCAAACCCCCACAAUGGCUCAGAUACUCCCCAUAAGAUUCCAGGAGCACUUUCAGCUCCAAAAUCUUGGAAUUAAUCCAGCAAACAUUGGAUUCAGUACCUUAACAAUGGAAUCUGAUAAAUUCAUAUGUAUUCGAGAAAAAGUUGGUGAGCAAGCACAGGUUGUGAUCAUAGACAUGAGCGAUCCAACCACUCCUAUCAGGCGCCCAAUCUCUGCAGAAAGUGCCAUCAUGAAUCCAGCUUCUAAAGUAAUUGCUCUGAAAGAUGCGGGGAAAACACUCCAGAUCUUUAACAUUGAGAUGAAAAGCAAAAUGAAAGCACACACGAUGGCAGAGGAAGUGAUCUUCUGGAAAUGGAUUUCUGUGAAUACCGUUGCCUUAGUGACAGAGACUGCAGUUUAUCACUGGAGUAUGGAAGGAGACUCUCUGCCCCAAAAGAUGUUUGACAGGCACGCCAGUCUUGCAGGCUGCCAAAUCAUCAAUUACAGAACCGAUGAAAAUCAGAAGUGGCUGCUCCUGAUAGGAAUCUCUGCCCAGCAAAAUCGUGUGGUUGGUGCCAUGCAGCUGUACUCAGUGGAUCGAAAAGUUUCCCAGCCUAUAGAGGGACAUGCAGCAGCCUUUGCAGAAUUCAAAAUAGAAGGCAAUGCCAAGCCUUCCACCCUCUUCUGUUUUGCUGUGCGAAGCCCUGCAGGAGGCAAGCUGCAUAUAAUUGAAGUGGGUCAACCUGCUGCUGGAAACCAGCCCUUUGUCAAGAAAGCUGUUGAUGUCUUUUUCCCUCCAGAGGCUCAAACGGAUUUCCCAGUGGCAAUGCAGAUUGGAACAAAGCAUGGUGUUAUCUAUCUGAUCACAAAAUAUGGAUAUAUUCAUAUGUAUGACUUGGAAUCUGGAGUAUGCAUCUACAUGAACCGUAUUAGUGCAGAAACUAUCUUUGUAACUGCACCUCAUGAACCUACCUCAGGAAUUAUUGGUGUAAAUAAAAAAGGACAGGUACUCUCUGUUUGUGUGGAGGAAGAUAACAUUGUAAAUUACGCCACCAAUGUUCUCCAGAAUCCUGAUUUGGGUCUGCGCAUGGCGAUCAGGAGUAACUUAGCUGGGGCGGAAGAACUCUUUGCCAGGAAAUUUAAUACACUUUUUGCACAGGGAAAUUAUGCAGAAGCGGCUAAAGUGGCGGCAUCUGCACCAAAGGGAAUCUUGCGCACAAGUGAUACCAUCCGAAAGUUCCAGAGUGUACCAGCCCAGCCUGGGCAGGCCUCUCCCUUGCUCCAGUACUUCGGGAUCCUCCUCGAUCAAGGCCAGCUCAAUAAAUUUGAGUCCCUGGAACUCUGCCGUCCUGUUCUUCAGCAAGGCCGCAAGCAGCUUUUAGAAAAAUGGCUAAAAGAAGACAAGCUGGAAUGCUCUGAGGAGCUAGGAGACUUGGUGAAGGCUGCUGACCCAACCCUUGCCCUCAGUGUUUAUCUCCGUGCGAAUGUACCAAACAAAGUAAUUCAGUGUUUUGCAGAAACUGGUCAAUUCCAGAAAAUAGUUCUUUAUGCCAAAAAGGUUGGUUAUACUCCGGAUUGGAUUUUCUUAUUGAGGAGUGUGAUGAGGGUCAGCCCAGAUCAGGGUCUUCAGUUUGCUCAGAUGUUGGUACAGGAUGAAGAGCCACUAGCCAACAUCAAUCAGAUUGUUGAUGUAUUCAUGGAGAACAGUUUGAUUCAGCAGUGUACCUCCUUUUUGUUGGAUGCCUUGAAAAAUAACCGUCCAGCCGAAGGCCACCUCCAGACUCGUCUGCUUGAGAUGAACCUCAUUCAUGCUCCACAGGUUGCAGAUGCUAUCCUGGGAAACCAGAUGUUCACACAUUAUGACCGUGCCCACAUCGCCCAACUUUGUGAAAAGGCAGGCUUGUUACAGAGAGCAUUGGAGCACUACACUGAUCUUUACGACAUCAAGCGAGCUGUUGUUCAUACCCAUCUUUUGAACCCAGAGUGGCUUGUGAACUUCUUUGGCUCUCUGUCAGUUGAAGAUUCUGUUGAGUGCCUACGUGCUAUGCUGUCCGCCAACAUCCGACAAAACCUACAGCUCUGUGUGCAAGUGGCGUCUAAAUACCACGAGCAGCUGGGCACCCAGUCUCUUGUGGAGCUGUUUGAAUCCUUUAAAAGUUACGAAGGGCUGUUUUAUUUCCUGGGCUCUAUUGUAAACUUCAGUCAAGACCCAGAUGUCCACUUUAAGUAUAUCCAGGCAGCUUGCAAGACUGGCCAAAUCAAAGAGGUAGAAAGAAUCUGCCGAGAAAGCAAUUGUUAUAAUCCAGAACGGGUGAAGAACUUUCUGAAGGAAGCUAAGCUCACAGACCAGCUUCCCCUGAUAAUCGUCUGUGACAGAUUUGACUUCGUCCAUGACCUGGUUCUCUAUUUGUACCGUAACAACUUGCAGAAAUACAUUGAGAUCUAUGUUCAAAAGGUAAACCCAAGUCGUAUUCCAGCCGUGGUUGGAGGGCUUCUAGAUGUAGAUUGUUCUGAAGAUGUUAUCAAGAACUUGAUCAUGGUGGUGAGAGGCCAGUUCUCAACAGAUGAACUGGUAGCUGAAGUGGAAAAAAGAAAUAGGCUUAAGCUGCUGCUGCCCUGGCUCGAGUCUCGAAUUCAUGAAGGCUGCGAAGAACCAGCGACACACAAUGCACUGGCUAAAAUCUAUAUUGACAGCAACAACAACCCAGAACGCUUUCUGCGGGAGAACCCCUUUUACGACAGCCGUGUUGUGGGCAAAUACUGUGAAAAGAGGGACCCACACUUGGCAUGUGUUGCUUAUGAGAGGGGGCAGUGUGACCUUGAACUCAUAAAGGUCUGCAAUGAGAACUCCUUGUUCAAGAGCGAAGCUCGCUAUCUGGUGCGCAGGAAAGAUCCAGAACUGUGGGUAAACGUUCUGGAGGAAAACAAUCCAUUCAGGAGGCCGCUCAUUGAUCAGGUUGUCCAAACUGCAUUGUCAGAAACACAGGAUCCAGAGGAGGUUUCUGUGACUGUCAAAGCUUUCAUGACAGCCGACUUGCCCAAUGAGCUCAUUGAGCUACUGGAAAAGAUUGUUUUGGAUAACUCUGUCUUCAGUGAGCACAGGAAUCUUCAGAAUCUCCUAAUACUGACGGCCAUUAAAGCAGACCGAACACGCGUGAUGGAGUAUAUAAACCGCCUAGACAACUAUGAUGCCCCAGAUAUUGCAAAUAUUGCUAUUAGCAAUGAGCUGUACGAAGAAGCUUUUGCCAUCUUUCGGAAAUUCGAUGUGAAUACUUCUGCAAUUCAGGUGUUGAUAGAACACAUUGGCAACUUGGAUCGUGCUUAUGAAUUUGCCGAGAGAUGUAAUGAACCAGCAGUUUGGAGCCAGCUGGCCAGAGCACAGCUCCAAAAGGACUUGGUGAAGGAAGCCAUAGAUUCUUACAUAAAGGCUGACGAUCCUUCUGCCUACAUGGAAGUUGUCCAGGCAGCCAACAGAAAUGAUAACUGGGAGGAUCUGGUUAAAUUUUUACAAAUGGCUAGGAAAAAAGCAAGGGAAUCUUACGUCGAGACUGAACUUAUAUUUGCCUUGGCAAAAACUAAUAGGCUCUCGGAGCUAGAAGAGUUUGUCAGCGGCCCCAACAACGCUCACAUACAGCAGGUUGGCGAUCGCUGUUAUGAGGAGGGCAUGUACGAUGCGGCCAAACUUCUCUACAACAAUGUGUCUAACUUUGCUCGCCUGGCAUCUACGCUGGUUCAUCUUGGGGAGUACCAGGCAGCUGUUGAUAGUGGCCGCAAAGCCAACAGCACCAGGACGUGGAAGGAGGUGUGCUUUGCAUGUGUGGAUGGAAAGGAGUUCCGGCUUGCGCAGAUUUGUGGCUUACACAUAGUAAUCCAUGCUGAUGAGCUUGAAGAGCUGAUCAGCUAUUAUCAGGAUCGCGGAUACUUUGAAGAGCUGAUUGCCCUCUUAGAAGCUGCUCUGGGCCUCGAGCGUGCCCACAUGGGGAUGUUCACUGAACUUGCCAUCUUGUACUCUAAAUACAAACCUCAGAAGAUGAGAGAGCACCUGGAAUUGUUUUGGUCCAGAGUCAACAUUCCCAAGGUGCUUCGGGCAGCGGAACAGGCCCAUCUUUGGGGAGAGCUGGUUUUCCUCUACGACAAAUACGAAGAAUAUGACAACGCAAUAAUUACAAUGAUGAACCACCCUACCGAUGCAUGGAAGGAAGGGCAGUUCAAGGACAUAAUUGCAAAGGUGGCCAAUGUGGAGCUGUAUUACAAAGCGCUGCAGUUUUACUUGGAUUAUAAACCACUGCUGAUCAAUGAUCUCCUCCUGGUAUUAUCUCCAAGGCUGGAUCACACCAGGACGGUCAGCUUCUUCUCCAAGGUUAAUCAGCUGCCUCUAGUGAAACCUUACCUGCGCUCAGUCCAGAAUCAUAAUAAUAAAGGAGUCAAUGAAGCGCUGAACAAUCUUCUGACAGAGGAGGAGGACUACCAGGGCUUGCGAGCAUCCAUUGAUGCUUACGACAACUUUGAUAACAUUACACUGGCUCAGCGUCUAGAGAAACAUGAGUUGAUUGAAUUCAGACGCAUUGCCGCUUACCUGUACAAAGGCAAUAACAGAUGGAAGCAGAGUGUGGAGCUCUGCAAGAAAGAUCGCUUAUAUAAGGAUGCUAUGCAGUAUGCCGCAGAAUCCAAAGAUGCUGAGCUGGCAGAGAAACUGCUUCAGUGGUUUCUGGAAGAAGACAAGAAAGAGUGUUUCGCAGCUUCUCUCUUCACAUGUUACGACUUGUUGCAUCCGGACGUGGUCCUUGAGCUGGCAUGGAGGCACAACAUUAUGGACUUUGCGAUGCCUUAUUUUAUCCAGGUGAUGAGGGAGUACCUGACCAAAGUUGAUGGUCUGUUUAAUAAGGUGGAUAAACUUGAUGCUUCUGAAAGCCUAAGGAAAGAAGAGGAACAAGUAACUGAACCCACUCCAAUAGUAUUUGGCCAGCAGCUGAUGCUAACGGCAGGCCCAAACGCAGUACCUCCACAGGCAAACUUCCCCUAUGGCUACACGGCGCCAGGAUUCACCCAGCCACCAGUUUACGGUUUCAAUAUGUAACUCGCGCUGCGAGACCUUUAACCGUCUUGGAUCAUCAUCUUCCCGUCCCUCUUUUUUUUUUACUUUUUCUCCAAGAAGGCACAGAUGACUCCCUGCGUUGGCUUGAAUGCCCUUUUCAGCCCACCCCUACCCCCCCCCCCCGGUUCAGAGACACCCAAAGGACACUGUGUUAUUUAUUGCUAUGUCCUGUUACAUUUCAACCUCAAAAGGCAGCUCUCCCCCCUCUCCUUUUAUCUUGUUGUCCGUUAGCGACAUUUCAAGGCUCUGUCUGAAGCGGAGGCAACGCUCCAACUAAAACCAACAACCCAGCAAUAACUUCUGGGGGCUAGGAGGAUUUCUGGUGGUGGUUUUGGGCGUUUUAGUGCUGCUUUUUCCCUCUCUCCCCUUUCCAGAGUCCUCUCUCUAGCCACGUGCAUGCCGGGGCGUCCUCUGGCACCAAGCUGUUAACGUGUUAAAAAGUACUGUAACAGAUGAAGCAGCAGAACCUUCCAACUGGUGGGAUAUAUGAAAAUUGUAUGUAACACACACCUUCUCCCCAUUUGUUUGUAGCGCUGUGCAGGAAAAAAAAGGAAAUAAAAAGUGUAUUUGGAGGCGACGGGGGAGAGGUGACACAGUUUACAGAAUGUUGAAAAGAAAAAAAAAAGCAUCUAUGCCUUCUGGAUUUUUUUUGUGUUUUUCUUUUCUUUUUUUUAAAAAAAAACCUUCCUUGGAGAAUAAAUUGGAUCAUAUCUCAGA